AUGAAGACUUUGCGUUACAACGACAUUGGUUCAUAUGACCCUUUAGAAAUUGUUCAUCUGAAACCUGUGACAGUGGAAUUAAAUGAUGAAGUUAUGACGAAUAGAGAACAUGCUGUAAUUAGCUUACGUGGGUAUGAGCCACUUAAAGGCUUCAUAUUCAACAGAGUUGUCAGAACAGACAGAACAUCUGGAACGGAAGAACUGAUAUGGCAAACAACAAACCCCAAUGAAUAUGUCCGUAGAGUAAAAAAUUAUCGUGGGCAAAAUAAAGACAAACUUUAUCUAAAAUUUGUAAAUGGAGAUGUUAAAAAGAUGAUUAGAGAUGAAGGAGUCUGGUCAGAAUCUGAACAAUUAACUAUAAACAUAAACUCGAGGAAUAAAUCUGACAAUUGGCGCGGUAGUUUUAGAUGUGGAUAUAGAACUUAUGAGGCUGAGUAUUCCUAUUUUAUUAAAAGGAUAGUUUGGGAUGAUCCAAUAUCAAAGUCAGAAAAAACCAUUUGGGAAACUGAAAACUGCUUAAAAUUUGCUAAAAAAGUCGCUUAUUCAUGUAGGGGUGACGAAUAUAUUGCCAUAUUGCAAAGGGAUAACAAUUUUGUAAUCCUCAAGCUGGAUAAAUUUGAGUGGAUUGAUAUAACUGACCAGAGACUAAGUUUCAAUAUUUUAAAAUCAUACUACGGUGAAUCUAACCUUGAUAAUAGAAAAAAUGAACGCAUUGUGUUCAGCUGUUCUUUAGAGUAUUUUGGUUUCGUCGUUAGAGUUGUUCCUUACGUUAGAAAAAGUAAGCCAGAAACGGGCAAUGAGUGGGAUUACAAACUAUCAUGUGAAGGAAGAGAGCGUUUAGUGUAUGAUUUUGUUUAUGAUACUCUGGUUAUAUUGUAUUCAAAUGGCAUUGUAAGGGAAAUUCAGACCAGAAUCCCAGGCAUAAACCUGCCAAAAAAUCAAAAUGUAAUACUCUGCGAAGGCUCAAAAGCUGCUAAAAAAGUUGAAGAAAUCUAUUGUCAAAUAGCCAAAAAUUAUGAUAAGAAUAUAAUAAACAUACUGAUUGACAAUGACAAAAUCGGUUUUCUAACCAUUUACUCAAUCAAUUACUUACUACUAAAAAAUAACUUAUUAAACAAUUAUUUAACUGCUUUUCUUUCAAACAUUUCUACAAAUAAUUUUAUCAUGAACAAUAAUUCGAUGAAUUCUCCACUUAACAGUAAUCUAGAACUCAAUACAAAAAAUUCAUGUGAAAAUACAUCGAAAGGUUCAUGUGAAAAUACAUUGAAAGAUUCAUUGGGAAAUGAUCCAGUGAAACAAGAAAUAACAGAAAAAAUGAUGAAGGAUGAGAUAAAUAAUGUAGUGAGCGAUGAAAUAGGUAAUCUAGUAACAAGUUUGAUUGAAAACAAGGUAAUAGGAAACAUUGAAUGCGAUUCUAUUUUACUGAAGAAUAAUGUAAUAUUCACCGACGUAAUGGUCGAGAGUAUACAAAUAGACUUAAAUAUCAAAUAUAUGAAGGAAAAAACGAUAUAUAACACGCGGACGAGGGAUAAUUGUAGGGAAAUGUACUGUGAACAUGUUUUCAAAUUUGCAAGGGUUGUAGACUCCAAAUGUGAGCCUGGUAACUCGUUGAUUUGGGAAACUAAAGACCCUGCAGAGUUCUCCAGAAGAUUAUCCGUUUUCAUGGUCAAGGAAAAUGAGAAUGAUUAUCACGAUAAAUACCUUUGUAUACUCCAGGAUAAUAAUAAAUACCUCCUCUUCCUAAGGGAUAAGGAAUUGAAUAACUGGCUUGACAUAACCAAGACGAGGGUAAAUAUGAGUAAAUUCCAGUUCUACUACAAUGAUGAGGAACUUGAAGAGGAAGAAUAUGAAGUAAAAUAUGAAUAUUUAGAGUUUAAAAUAUACUUCAAAUUUGGCUGCAACAAAGUUAAAUAUGACAAUGAAGAAUUAAUAACAGAAGAUAUUUCAAAGAUUAAUAUUAAUUUACCGCUAAGUGCAGUUCAGUCUUAUUUGGAAACAGGGAAAUUAAUAACAAUAUUCAUUAAACAUCCAGAAAAUGUUCCUGGAGAUCUUGAAAAUGAUGGAGACUUUCAAGAGGAUGCUAUUCAAAAAAAUAAUGAAAAGAAUGAAUUGCAAACAAAAGUUAUCUACAUUAAAAUUUAAAAUUAAGAGAUUG